AUGACUACGUCCGGGCCGACCUCGUCGAUCCCUGUCUCUUCCGCGGGGUCGCCAGCGCCCGCCGCGAUCACGCCUGCACCGGCCGCGGGACUCCCAGCACCAGCCGCUGCACCUUCCGCGGGACGCCCAGCACCAGCCGCUGCACCUUCCGCGGGACUCCCAGCACCAGCUGCACCAGCCGCGAUCCCGUUCGCGCCGCCCCUUGCUCUGGGCGUCGGCCAUGGCGCGACGCCGCCGGGCGUGUCUCCGUCCACGCCCCCUGCCUCAACUUUCGGCGCCGGCACUCCUGGUGUGCUGCAGCAGCACGCAGCCUCCGUCGCGCAACCAUCUGUCGUCACGGACGUUCCUCCGCUGCCGUCCGCCACGAUGGACACGAUCUUCUCGGACGCGGCAAUCUACUCCGACGCUCUCGCCGCCUCCAUGCGCUACCCUGGGUACACCUACCCGCAGAUGGCGGGGUUUCCCCAGGGCACAUAUCCCCUUGCACUUGGGUUUCCUCGGGCGCCGCUGCCGUCUCAGGCCAACACGUCGUCGCUGCCUUAUGGUGGCGCCCUGCCCUAUAGCCCGACGCCGCCCGGCUUUCCGCCCCAGCAGCAGCAGCCACUGUUCUACGGUGCCGGCCAGUUCACCCAUACCGCACUUCCCAGCAUCGUCACCAUCGCGCCGGCUAUCACCAUUAAGCUUGAUGGGAGGAUUGCUGCGAAGUUCGGGUCACAGCAAGAAAUCGUUGACCCUUCACCCAAGCUGUCAUUACGAGAAAUCAAGGAAGAAAAAGAUGUCAAGGACCCCAAGAAGAAGCCUGCUGCUCUUGCCCUUAAAACUUCGGCAGCAGAAGCUUCGGCAGCAGAAGCCUCAGCAGCAAAAGGCACCUUCGAGUCCUCCUCGAGUCUGUCGACAAUUAUGUUGGCAGGCAACAAUACCUUCGGAUACAGUGCCUCCAAGUCUCCAGUUGCAUUGGCAAUCGACAGCAAACCCGCUGAGGGAUAA